AAAAAAUGUCAAGGACAAAUGAAUUGCUCUAUACUCAAAGUAAAACAAGCGGUUAACACAAGGUGGAACUCGAUGAGUGCAAAGCACCUCAGCCUCAGAGUGACACCCUAGUGACACUGGCAUCUGUCAAUGUUUAAGAGAAACAAAAGUGUAUAUUCUGUGGUAUAUUUAUUGUUUUGUGCAAAAGACAAGAGACGAGAGACGUCAAAAAUGUGAAAAACGGAAAGCAUUUGAAAAUAGCCAAUUUAUGUUUGUUUUUGAAAUUAAUAAUUGGAAAGCACCAAUUCAGUAUCUUGGUUUGAGAAAUUAAACUGUGUGGUAUUCUACAAUAAUUGCUUCAAAAUGAGCUUAUUACCAAAGUCCUUGACAGCCUUCCUAUGCUUAUCAGUAUGUGGACUGUCUGGAUACCUCCUAUACAUCUACCUCCAAAGAGAUGAAGAUGAUGAUUUUGUUGAUAAUGUCACGCCAGGCUCAAAAUUCAAAACUCUAGAGAUCAGAGUACCUAAGGAUAUGGUAAAGGUACUUAUAGGAAGAAAUGGUAAAAACAUCAAACAAAUCGAAGGACAAUCCAACACAAGAAUCAAUUUUAAAGGCAGAGAGGCUGGUGAUGAUAAGAUAUGCGUUAUCAGAGGCUCUGUAGAGGCCUGUAAUAUUGCAGAUAAUCUGAUACAAGAGUUUAUAAGCAACCAGCCAGUAUUAGAAAGUCAGGAUAUAUGGAUUCCCAUGGGAUGUGUUGGAAAAGUGAUUGGGAGAAAUGGGGAUAAGAUAUCAGAAAUAAGGAGUUUGUCAGGAGCUAAGCUGACAGUAUGUGAUGAUGAAAAGGGGCUAACCUCAAAAAGGAUCACAAUUAAGGGUACACUUGAUCAGAUCAACAUAGCUAAAUCUUUGAUAGAAGAUGUUGUUGAACAGACCUUACAAUCGCAGCAGGUGCUUGAGACAUCUUUGGCUAAAAGACAACCUAGGUUGCCUCCAAAAGGAGAAGUACUGAAGCUAGAUAGUCCAAAGGUUGAAAGAAUUUCACCAGUACCAGGUCAGCCAGAUGCACAAUUUGAGGUGUAUGUAUCAGCAAUGGUAGAUCCAUCUAGGUUUUGGUUACAAAUUGUCGGUCCAAAAGCAACAGAGUUGGACUGUCUAGUUGAAGAAAUGACAGAGUAUUAUAGUAAACUGGAAAAUUGUUCUUCACACAUAUUGGACUCUAUAAAAAAAGGAGACUUGGUUGCUGCUGUAUUUAGAUAUGAUAAUAAAUGGUACCGAGCUGAAGUAUUAAAUAUUGAUGAAGAAAACUCAAUUCCUAAACAAGCGGAGUUGUACUAUGUCGAUUAUGGAGACACUGAUACCUUGCCAUGUAAAGAUUUGUACGAAUUAAGAACAGACUUUCUUAGGUUGCAUUUCCAAGCAAUUGAAUGCUUCCUUGCUAGAGUGGAUCCUGUUGGCGAGGGAUGGUCUGAAGAAGCAGUGGACAAAUUUGAGAAGCGGACACACGUAGCCCAGUGGAAGAAACUGUCGGCGAAGAUAAACGGCUACAGCGUAAGGGAAAAAACAAGGUCGAAAAGAGAAGGAUCACCUGUACCUGGGGUGGAUCUGUUUGAGAUCAGUAAUGAGCAGGACAUUGACGUGGCAGAAGAAUUGGUCAAGGCUGGCUUAGCAGUCUUCAAGAAAGAUGCUGAUCUUAGGUCGAACAGCAGAACCACCAGUAUCAGUAAUAUUAGUGUAGCGUCCAGUUCGUAGCCGUUCAUAAAUUAGAAAAGAGAGAGAAAGGGGGGGAGAGAGAUAGAUAUUAUAUCAAUUAUCAGCUCACUGUUUGUCAUUGAAUCGAUUGCUUCCAUUUAUUAGCCAGAUUGAGAGAUAUGCGUGGAAGGGACAACCACAGAGUGAGUUUUAUUCACGACAUUGCAAAUUUUUGUCAGGAUGGUGCAAAUUGAACGUUAUGCCUCAAAAUCGUUUAUUCUUGUUCAUUAUCUAACUUUCCAUGAAGGCGUUUUUGAUACGAUUUCGCUACAAUUGUUGCCUUUUAUGUAGACAAUGUUUCUUGGCUUGACAAAACAAAAAUCCAGGCGCGCUUGAAUACUGUGAAUGUGGAGGCUGAUUUAAAUGGACUUUCCGCAAAAUGUGGUACUCAAAAAUCCCUUUAAGAGACCUCUCUGACUACUCCAUUGAAAUGUGAGUUGUAGUUUUAUCACGUUGAAACUUUAGGUUUGAAUAGGUUUCCACAGCUAUCAUUAAAUCAGUAUUGCAGUAUUAUUAGAUUUUGAGCUCCAUUAAUGGAAUUUGGAUUUUCUUGUUCACUUCCACGUGAACGUCCGCACUACAAAUGUUACCGAAAAUUUGGAAUGAGGUAGCUUUUCCGUGGUAAUAGGUGAUCCCGAGCUUUAAAUUGAAGUAAGGACGAUAUGUGCGCUGACUUGAAAUAACAACCUGAAAAUGAAAAUAAAAUGCGACUAUUCGCUAUUUGUGACAGAAAUGUCAAGUAACUCGGGAUUGACAUAAUAUCAAAUUGCUAUAUUUCAUACAAAUCCACUCUAAAUUUGUCAAAUAUUUUUAUCUAAAAACGUUCAAAUUCUGGAAAGGGCCAUACGAUAAAAUGCAAAAACAAUGGGGAAAACACUAUCUGUAAGUUUUAUACGUUAUGAUAUUAGUGAAUAUACUUUAUGUUUACAAUUCUUUUACCCCAUUGUUGUUCGCUGCUUUUAUUUGGCAAGAUCUCUUCUGUGUUGAUAUUGUAACGAAAACACCUCUUUUAUUAUUUGAAGGCUUAUUUAUUAGUCUUACACUAAUUUAUUACAAAUAUAAUAUGACCAUGUCGACUGGGCUAUGGUAUUCUGCGCUGUUGACUCAUCAUCAGCUGUCGGUGGACUCGACUCUGUCCGCUCCUGCUUUCUGUGUAUCUCAAAUCGGCGAGCUCAGAAGCACUCCUGUGUUUUCUAGGCCGAACUCUAAUUGCCUAAACGCCCAAGUACGAGGGACUCUUAUUGGUACCCAAAGUUCUAGUUACGAGGAUGUUACAAUCUUUGGUUAUAAACACAGUCACACUUAACGUCGCAUGACAUUUUUUCCAAGGAGUAUUCUCAAUACCUUUCGUCUGAUUGUUUUAUGGUAUGUAUAGAGAUGACCACCAAUUUGAUAAAGCUAACGCUAGUUUCAUCCUUGCUCCAAGUAUCAACCGUCUGGCAAUGGUGUUAAACCACACUAGUAUAGUAAGUCGAGAGUACCGGCAAUGCAGUCAGAGUCAAUCAAACGCAGAAACGCAAACAGUGCUCAGAGUAUGAAGGUUGCGUCGCUGCCGACCUCAAUCGCGUGUCGCGUCUAUAAAUAUACCUCUAAGUUUUAAGGGCAAAUGGGUAUGUCUAUGAUGAGUGAAAUAUGUACUGCGUACAAUGAAUGGGUAUCGAAGUGUAUAAGGUAAGGUUGCCUAUAUCGUACCACUUUUUGAUUUUUAUGUUUAUUCUUAAGAACUGAUAGAUUGGACUUUUGGAGACAUGAAAGCAAUUUUAUUAUUUUAUUCAACCCUUAAUAAACAAGAGUUUUUGCAAGAGGUUACAAGAGAUAGGAUUUAGGCAACGAGUUGCUUAAAUCGUACCAUCAAGCUCUUAGGGUUUAAUAUUUAUUAGGUAAGUAGUACAGGCAUUUGUUGGCACAUAAACAAAAACAAACUGAAUAUAUAUAUAUACAAAAUCAGUAGUUUUAUUAAGUAAUUUAGAUAAAUGGAAGAUUUCAAAUUAUAAAAAUAAGUUUAAAGACAGAAUUCGCACACGUAGUCGCCCUUAAGUCGUGAUAAGUCAGAACACAUUUCAUGUGCCCAUGUUUCACAUUUGUUGCACUUUAUUAUAUCUUCAACUAUAGACUCUUGGCAUAUUGUGCAAAACCAGUCAUCUGCAUUAGUCUCGAUUAUAAUUUUAUCUUCUUUAUCAGAAGGCUUAGUUUUUCUAGUAUUUUGUUUUGACUUUUUGGUUUGAAAAAUAUCUUUUUUGGCAGUCUCUUUAGCCUUCUUCAUUUCAUCUUUUCGUGCCUUUAAAGCAUAUUUUUCCUCGGGCUCAUUUUGAUAAGGGCUUUCUGUCAGUAUUGCCACUUUUUGUGUAGCCCUUUUGGCCCUUUCACCCAAUUUUUUGACAAUUUUUGGUUUUGGUAGUGGACUUAUUUUUUCAAUUAAAACGGUCUUACUAUCUUUAUGUGGUCUCAUUUUUUCUUCUUGUGUUAGUCUACUUGUUGAUGGGCUCGGAUCUUCCUGGACAAGAAUGGCUUGAUUUUCAUUUGCCACAUCUGUAACUUCGCUAGGAGUAUCUUCCUUCUCGGGUUCAACAGUGUCUGGGAUCAGUAGGUUUUCACUUGCCACAAAAUCUGUGUCAGAAAAACCAUUUCGGUUUACAAGCCAUACCCCCGAAGCUCUAAAUCCAUUUACGGAAUUACUUGUUGAUGCAGAGUUUUUGUAUGCUUCUGUUAACAAAGCAGUUACUUCAAACUGUGUUACCUUUUGACCAACAUUUGUUCGAAGCCUGUUUGCCAUGACCUGCAUGUAGCUUGACUCCACGGACUUAACAACUCCAAUAUCUAGAGGCUGCAACCUAUGGGUCGUAUGCCCCGAAAGUUGCAGUAAUAUUAUGCCAUUUUCUCUAGCUAAUAUUAUGGCCUCUAAGUUUUUAGAAUGAGUAGUGUGUCCAUCGAGCAAAAUUAUACAUUUUUCAUUUUUACUUGGUUUCACAAAUUUAAUUGCAACCAUUCAACAAACCGCUUUCGCUGGACUGCACAAUACUAUCAGGAAAAGCUCCAUUUUUGAGUGCUGCGUCCAUACGUUGUCUUUUGAAUAUGAACAUGGGUGGAACAUAGGUGCCUGCGGCAUUGCAACAAAAUACCAACGUUGUAUUAAUGCCUCGUUCUCCACUGGCAAUAAAACCAACUUGAUGUUUUCCUUUAAGAGCCAAAACUUUUGGUGAUUUUUUUUGUACCGUCGAAAAGCCUGAUUCGUCGACGUUGUAAAUGUGAAAAGCGUCUAUUCCAUUUUCGUCAAGAAUCUUGUCCAACACAUCGAAAAAUUCAUGCACAUUGAAUCCUUUAGAGAGCGCAAUCGCGCCAGUAGACGAGGGAAGUAAAAUGCACAAAAAUGCAUUUUUUGACAAACUGAAACAUUGUUUUUUAUUAAUAUAUAUACCCACCGUGAAAUAAUCAGAUGGAAAGGAUUUAGAAUACUGCUCCAAAUAGGCAGUUGAAAAAGGGACAUGCGCCCUAAAUAUGCGUAAAGACACGGAAUUGAAAAUAAACAUUGAAAUAAUUAAUAUGGGCUGACGUGAACUCAAAAAUACAAUUUCAUUUAUUGGAUAGGUACUCACAUUUAAUCGUGUUCUGUAGAGCUUGUGUCACAUACAUUUGUCUUAUGAUCAGAGCGGUUAUUAAGUAGCUUUGUCCGUUCAUAAUAAUAAACUCUUCAAUAUCAUCAUACGCUGUGCAAAACCUAUUUUUUUCAAUUUCCUCUUGUUUUGUAUAGUCAUGUUUUAGGGAUUCAAAUCCCGCACGUAUUACAUUUAUUUUUUGUUCAAGUACGAAAAUCAAUCAAUUUGAUUUUAUUUAAUUUCAAUGAAAAACUAGCUGAAAAUUAUCAAAAUAUCUAGUUGCCAACAACUGACAGGUCCCGAGUCCAAAAUAAUUAUGCUCACUAGCAGCGCUGUCAUCGGGCACACAGCGAAUAUUGAUCAAUUGCUUUGUAGUGUAUCACUUUAUAUCAAAUUUCCCGCCUUCCCUAUUAACCCUGAAAAAUAAAUUUUGGAAGUAUAACAUUCAUUUUGCGCCGCCGCCACUGCAUGUGUGAAAAGCUUUGUUGCCAUGUCACUGGUCUCAUUUUUAUCAUCAACGAUGUAUGAUAAUGUUUUAUAUUCUUUUCAUCUAUUGCAUACAGCAAACACACGUAUACUCAGAAAAGUACUUAUUUAUAUUUUAUUGAUUAUAGUAAUAAGUUUUAUUUUCAACAGAAUGAUGCACUUAUUAUAUUUAUAUUUUGUAUAGAGUGAUACUAACCCAUGUGACUUCUUGCGCACCAUAGCUUUAGCACUUAAUACUUACUAACUAUUUUUAUUGUACAUGAUGCACAUUUUUAGCUAUUAAAAUAAUGAUUAGUUUGUGCAGUUGUAAAUACAUGCUGUUAAGUUUAAAAUAAGAAGUUAAAGUUGAGAAUAAAACAUUUGUUAAGUAUUUUA